AUGGGCUUCGCAUCACUUCAGAGGGAUGCUCCUGUUAAGUCAAAUAUCGAGGUGAAUGGAAAUAUUUGUGGUAAUGUGGAAACAUUUAAUGUGGAUACAACCACUAAUCUGGGUGACCCUUCAAAUCCAUCCAUCCCUGAGCAAACACAAUUCAUACCACCCAAAGUGUCGAUGACUGAAUCAGUUUCUGAGGAGGUUCGAACUUCAGGCAUCCCUAUAAACAUAUUUGAUAUGGACACAAAUGUCAACAAGGGUGAUGGGAUGUUGACUCAUGCAGCCCAAGGUAUUUCGAAUGUGUCAACUUCAUAUUUCGAUCCUGAGGAGGAGAAUAUUCCUGAUCAAAUGUUGAUGUCAGGAAAACAAUUCAAAACUUUGAAUUGCAAGUUGAAUUCUUUGCUUCAGCUUAGGGCAGAUAAAGGAAAUCAAAAUAUUGUCUCUGGCAUUGAAGUAGAUGUUUUGUUAAAAGCUCAAGAACAUCGGUUGAAAACCAUCAUGGAUCAGAUUGAUACGAAGAACGAAGAGCGUUUGAAGCGAAAAUCAGAUUCUUUUAAUCAUUAG